GGGGUCGACGCCGCCCUGCCACUAUCGAUCAAUCCACACUAUCUCUCUUUUUCUUUCACCUGGUUGUGAUAAUUUUCCUUGUUGCUCACGAUAUAAUGACCACCGCAAGCCAGGUUGCCACUGCGGCUGUAGCAUCCACCACAGUCCUUAUUUCUCUUUUGUACGCCAUCGGGCUGUACUUCGUAUAUCGAUAUGCACAGCGGCAUCCAAAGGGUCUGAAUGGAGCGUCGAGCACGCGUCUGUACCACUAUGCGCCAGUUGUCUACGUGGUGAUCAUCUAUCUCAGCAUUAUCGAGAUCGCCAUUGGCACUUGGUUGUUGGUAACAUACCGCCUCAUCGGAUACUACGCCGGUGUUGAAGUACACAGCGCCAUCUGCCUGAGCAUAUUUUCCGGCUCUUGGUCAAUGACGUUUGCAACGCUUUACGUCGUCUUCGUUGUCCACCCAACUCUGUCAAAGAGUCUCGUGGCCUCCGUUGGCGUGCAGUUCCUCUGGACGCUCGUCAGCUGGGGCUUCUGGGUCGCCUCCGUUGCGAUGUUGAAUGGCUCACUGUUAUUCUCGACGCCGUGGGUCUGCGCGGGCGUCUGGUAUUGCAGUCAGCUGCAGGCACUUUUCGCGUUUGCUAUUAUUGAAUUGGUUGUGUUUUCGCUGUGCAUGUGUGCACUGGCGUGGCUUAUAUGGCAGCGGUCACGAGCAGGCCUCAAGGCCCCUCUCCCGCGGUGAAACCAUAUGUACCAGCAUACAAGGAUUUUAAUUUAUAUUCACCUAGAUGUAGUGUAAUUGCUUCUGUAUAUAUGUACAUUAAUGACAGCGCUCCGAUAAUGAAGAUGGACAGGUCCUGCCUGC